UAACCUCGCGCGGCUGCGACGGAAAACUGAAUAUCGUUUCUGUCUUGUUGUUUCGUGCUUUCUGAGUAUAACAAAAGAAACACGGACGGGGGAAUUCUGGAACGCAGGAGUAAUAAACGAGAAAUGUGCAAGUGUUAAGCUGUUGAGAUGCAAAAGAUCAACAGUAGAAUUUGUGUAACAGUGGAAGGGAUAUCUGUAGGUAGUAGCUGAUACGCGUUCAGUCCUGUGCAUGUUUACUGAGAAGUCCCAUUGAGUUGAGCUGGACUUACUCCCAAUCAUACAGAACAGCUUGGCACAACCUUUGCCCACUACUUUAAGGGGAAAUGUAAAACCCUGAAAUUUUAUCAUGUGACUCAGAACAACUUCAAACUUGCUCAGUUUAUAACUGCAAACUGAAAGAGAGGCACAUCAGCAAAAAUGGUAGGCCGUCAAAAACGUAAGAUAGAAGAAAGAGCUCCAACUACACAUUCCUACAAAUAUCAACGAAUGACUUUGUCUGCACCUGCUCCAUUUGCAAGUGAUACAGGCUGUCAGUGCAAAGCUCCUCAUGAGAAGUUAACCAUUGCUCAGGCCCGCCUAGGAACACCAGUGGACAGACCUGUCAGAGUCUAUGCAGAUGGAAUAUUUGAUCUCUUCCAUGCUGGUCAUGCUAGAGCUCUUAUGCAAGCCAAAACUCUGUUCCCCAAUAGCUACUUGUUAGUAGGAGUUUGCAGUGAUGAUCUAACCCAUAAGUUUAAAGGCUUUACUGUAAUGAAUGAAACUGAGAGAUAUGAAGCCCUCAAACACUGCCGCUAUGUAGAUGAAGUAAUCAGAGAUGCUCCAUGGACACUCACACCUGAGUUUCUGGAAAAGCAUAAGAUUGAUUUUGUAGCCCAUGAUGAUAUUCCAUAUUCCUCCGCUGGUUCAGAUGAUGUUUACAAGCAUAUAAAGGAGGCAGGAAUGUUUGUACCAACUCAAAGAACUGAAGGCAUCUCAACCUCCGAUAUUAUCACUAGAAUUGUACGUGAUUAUGAUGUCUAUGCCCGCCGCAACCUUCAGAGAGGAUAUACUGCUAAAGAGCUGAAUGUUAGCUUUAUAAAUGAAAAAAAAUAUCGCUUUCAGAACCAAGUAGACAAAAUGAAAGAAAAAGUCAAGAAUGUGGAAGAAAAAUCUAAAGAAUUUGUGAAUCGAGUUGAAGAAAAAAGUCAUGAUCUCAUCCAGAAAUGGGAAGAGAAAUCUAGAGAAUUUAUUGGCAAUUUCUUAGAGCUGUUUGGACCCGAUGGAGCUUGGAAGCAGAUGUUCCAAGAGAGGAGUGGACGUAUGCUUCAAGCCUUGUCUCCAAGGCAAAGUCCUACAAGCAGUCCAACACGUGGACGAUCUCCGUCGAGGUCUCCAUCUCCCCCUUCUCCCUGGCUGUUCACGAAGGCUUCACCCCCUUCGUCUCCAAAAGCUGCCUCAGCAUCCAUUAGCAGCAUGAGUGAGGGAGAUGAGGAUGAGAAGUAAAUACUUCUACUACUUACAAAAAGAGAGAGAGGGAGAGAGGACAAGACAAAAUACACAAAUGGCCCACUAAUUCACCAGUGACGUGGGGAGAAGCAACAGAAAGGAUGCAUGGGAGGUUUCUGAAAAGGGCAGGAGCACCACAUGAUUACUGGAGCACUGAAGAUCUCAACCACAGCACAGAUACAUGCUGAAGGCGAGGUUGCCAGUCCAGCAGCAAAUUACAAAAGAAUAUGCAAACAUCACACCUAUUUCCCAGCAAUUAUGAACACUUAUUGUGCGGUUGUGGUUACUGCUGCUAGAGCCACUGAAGAGUUAUAAGGAAUCUUGCACUGAAGGACAAUCUUAUUUCUCUUCAAAGAAACCAUGCUUGCAUACGGUAUGAAGUGGCAAAUCCUUUUGAGUAGACAAGAUGCAUCUGCAUUUGAACUCCAUUGCAUGGUAGCUAAAACCUGGGCCUUUCCAAGGGGGGAAAAAUUAGGUACUGUAUUGGAAGCAAAAAUCCCCACAAGGGAGAACAAGAAAUCAAGCCAUGCCAGUGAAAUUGAACUCUGUCAUUUAAAAUGGACAUCUAUUGGAUCUAUUGAGUUUGUUGAUUGAUGCUUGUUGAGCAGGCUUUUGUACAAGGCAAGGUUGGUUUAAUGUGAACACAAUUUAUUUGGUCAACUCUUACUAUGUUUUAUGAGUGCCUCAGAAGCUAACCUCUUUUUUGUGUGUCAGAGUUUUCUUCCUGGCUUUGCUUAAGCUUUCUGGUUGCUGAUUCAUAUCUUGGAUGGUGGGGAGCCUUUACUUUUAGUUAAGCCACAGAAUGUUUAUGGUCCAGACUAGUUCCACCAUAAUUUUUCAUAGUCACAGGAUGGCUUUUUAAAUUAUUUUCACAAAUGCAUACCCACUGAAAGCAAAAUGUGAAAAUGACCCAUCCAUGUAACUUUCUCAGAUAUUCCUGUGUGCUUAUGCUGGAUAGGCUAAGGUCACUAUUAGAAUGCAAACCCGUUGUGGUGAAAUGGAUCCUUAGGAAUCCAGGAGUAAUCCAAUAGCAGCAAAUGGUUACAUUAGAAGGGUUCAUGAGGUCUCUGGCUUUGAACAUCUUUUAAAAAUUAAUAUCUCCAUGAACUAUGCCCAUCUAUGUUUUUCCCCUUCUGCAUCUGAUAAAAUCGUUUUUUAAAUUUUUUUUUUAAAAUAGGAAAGCAUGUCCAUAUUAUAUGCUCUAUUCACUCACUUAUGCAAUGCAUAGGUGCAUGGAAUAAACUGUAUAUUCCCUAUAGAGACCCAGCCCAGGUUCCUUUUUGCAACUAGAAUAGCUCGUGUCAUUGGAGUUACCACAUUUAUCACAGGUAUGCCAAAGCCAAACACAAGAAACAUGUCUUGUAAAAAUAAUGUAACUGCAUGGAAAACAAAUGAAUAUUGGGGUUCUUUCAGAGCAUUCACAUGUCCAAUAAGACAUCAGGAAUAGCUCUUAUGUAUAAUAUAUCCAAACUGCCAUCACUUUAGCUAAACCACACAGAACAAGAAUUAAUUCAGUAUGUAACCUCUAAAAAGAGUAGUGGUGGUUCUUACAGUAGCUGAAGUGUCGCUCACCUGCCUUUCAAGUUCUUUCCUUUAGUCAAUCUUUAUUACGGUCAGUAACCAGCAAAACCUUCCUUUCUAAAAUGUGAGAUUACAAAGCAAACAGAUCAUUUUUGACCCUAUUGCAAGUUUAUACAAUUUUUGGUCCAUCAAGCUGAAUGCAGUCUACCAACAAUCUAUGGAGGUCUCCAUGAACCUCAUGUUUUUGCUGCCUGUCCUAUAAUGCAAGAACAUUUGCAGGUGUUAUACAUGGCUACUGGGCCUUGUACAGACCUGCCCUACAGACUAAUGAUUUGGCUGAUCUUCACGGAGAAGUCCUUUUUUGUUUGUUUUGUUCUGAUUUUCAAACAUUCCAGUCAUUGUCAUUCCAGGCAUGACCUCCUGGGCAGGACUUAUAAAUCUAUUGGAAGUUUCAGCUUACAGUAUCUUGAAUAAAGAAUGAUAAGUGGCCAACUGAUCUAUCCCAUUCUUAUUUCAGAACCCAGGUUCUUAAUUAUACUGCUUAACUCACACAACAGUUACAUAAGGCUGUGAACAUAAAAUGAAACAUCAGUGAAACUAAUUAAAUAUAUUUUUAAUUUUUAAAAUUUUAAUCUACUUCUAUCCUCAGUGGUUGCCCUUCUAAGGGACCAACCAGUUCCAUACCUGUCUAGCAUUGGCACUGCUGCAGCAUCAAGAGAUCCUGACUGUUCACAAUGCCCCUAGUAAGUUAAAUAUAUUGACCAACAUGAUGUGCACUGUAGCAGUGAUGGUGUGAUCCACACUGAGGCCACUGUGGACUUGUAAGAACCUCAAUGCUGUUGAAACUACCAAUUGCUCAAGCAACAAUACCACAGUUAUUCCCAUUUUCCAAACAGGAAUAACUACAGUAGCACUGUUUACAGAACCACAGAGUCUCAAUAGUUGGGGUGCUGACAAGUCUGCAGCAAUCCCAGCAUGGAUCACACCAUCCCUGGCACAGUGCACAUCAUGUUGGCCACUAAACACAGAAUGGGACUGAUAUUUCAGAAAACAACCACCAGAAAAUGCAUCAUUUUUGAAAAUUUAAAAUUCCAGGUGUUGUAACUGUUACGGGCAGGGGCAUAGGUUCUAUUGGGCAAGGGGAAACAAAUGUCUCUAGGCCCACAGGGCCUGGAGGGCCCUCCAAAGCCCCUUAGCCAGUCCCCCUUGCCUUGCCUGCUGGCCCCCUCUCCUGCUAGCCCUCCUGCUCUGGCCAGGGGAGCAAAGCAGCCUUCCAGUGGCUGCAGCCCCUUCAGUCUCUGCCUCUCAGCUGUUCGGUGGGUGGGCAAGGAGGCAGGGCUUCCAGAGAGGCCUCUAUGCAGGCCUCACUGAAGGUGGAACUCUAGUGCCAGCAGGCAGGAAGGAAGGAGGGAAGCAGGGUGGCCAGCACUGGCUGCCUUUGCCCACCACAGCUCUGCUCAGUUUUUGACUCCUCAGGCUUAGUAAUGGAGGUAGGAUGUGAUUUCCUUUUUGUGGUUAUUCCCCCCACCCGCCCAGAUAUUUAGGGAUUGCUUGCCAUAGAGCUUUAAUAUAAGGUGGGGGUGGGAUGUAGGGCACAUUAAAAUGCCUUGAAUAUUUAAUUCAGAGAUUGAGGAAUUUUCUAGUUUUAAUUUUUUUUUAAAUUAAAAAACUAUUUUUUAAAAAGUAGUUCCACCCCAAUAUGGAAGAAUCUGCCCUUGGCCUUCAUUAAAAAACACCACCUCAUUUCAACCCCAGCCUUUAGAUCACCUGGAGUGAUUGGGCUUAGGGCUUUGGUUUUCAACAGAGAGAUGUGGGAGGAAUAUGUAUAUGUAAAUUGAAGUGGAUUGGGCAAAUUGUUGGUUUUUAAUAUUUUUUAAAUUAAAAAAACCUUCAAAAAAGUCCUAUAAGUGGCUUGUUUCGUGACAAAAAAUUACAAAGUCCUUUUGGUUUCAGUGAAAUGUACUUCCAGCUAAAUGUGGUUAGAGUUGCUGCCUGAUGCUGCAAUUCUCUACACACUUACCUGGAAGCAAACUGUACUGAAUUUGUUAGGAUUUAUGAGAAAACAUACAUAGGAUCGCAUUGCAUGGUUGAAAGUCUCCUUUGUUAAUCAGCAGUGAGGGGCCCAUUUUAAAAUCUCAUCUCCAGGCCCACUCCAACCUUGCUACGCCCCUGGUUACCAGUCUACAUCUCACGGUGCUGGUUGUUGUAUCUCUUUUGGCUCUCAAUCCCUUUGCCUGUGAAAUCAGAUACUAGUAUGGUGUGCCUCUCCUAUUCAAGAUACAUAACUGCAAAUCUGUUUUACCCAGCAACAGUCUUUGGCAAGUAUGGCAAACAGUUGCAGGUGUUUCCUUGCUAAGAGCAACUGUCCACACUGAAAAUAUGUACUCUAGUGAUCCUUAACAGAAUUAGUGGUUGAACUCUUCAGCCUACUGGCAUUAAGACCACCCCCUUUAUUUUAACUUAGAUGUUUAGAAAAAUCAGGCCUGAAACAGCUACGGGUGUCUAGUGAAUUCUUAAGAGGACUUGGAGUCUGAAGGGCACACGUCCCUCAGAUGCCACAUGCACAGGCAAAGUUAACUGACCCACACUAAACAUGAUGAAGGCAGGUUUUUAGAUAUGAACAGGUAUCACAAUUUCAACCCAAACUAGCUAAAAACAGAGCCACUGGGCUACUUUCCAGCAUCUGAAAACACCUUCCUCCUUGAUAAAUAUUAAAAGGUUAUCACUAGGCUUCCAAAAGUAAAUUCAGCUCCAUAAUGGGUUGUUUUUAUGAAGUGUUAAUUAGCCCUAUAUAGUUUAUAUAUACUAACAGGAUCUGUCUCCAUUUCAUAUCCAUUGGCGACUCUUUGCCAAGCAAUAGAAAUCAAUAGAAAGCAUGACUUUUCAAUACAUUUCUCCAAGUCACUGAUUAAAGCAAGUGUAGGUGGUUCACUUCCUGCCACAAGCAUGAGGAAAGGCUUUUCUGUAAAAAAAGAAAAGAAAAGAAAAGAAAAGAUUUCUAGGAGACAAAUCCAAGCUGUUUCCAGCAAUAAAAGUUAACUAUAUCACCACAUAUGUUGCAUUUUCAUUAUUAAUGAUGAUGCUGCCUGUGUGGUACCAGAUUUCUGUGCAAGAGAGGAAGGACUAAUUAAAGUUUCCCAAUGUUCAUCAGGCAUUCUAGGUAAUUUUACUGUGGGGGGAGGGAGAGGGAGAUCUUUUGCAGCUGUUUAAGACAGAGGUCAUUAAGGGGGGGAAAAUCACAUUGUUAUCAGCCAGUUUCUCAUUAGUACUAUUCACUAAGGACCCUGCGUAGCUCAGAAAGGAAAUGUCAUCCAACAUUUUCUGACAUUUCUGAAUACUUAUUUUAUAGAAGGGAGAGGGCGGCAAGGGGAACAGCUGACCUAAUCCACAGCAAAAGGGGUGGUUCAGCACUGCCAGUGCCACUGCAUGGGGUUGUUGCUGAGCAGGGCUAUUCUGCUCCAACUUUAAAUUGUGCAAAAGGAGGUAAGCCACAUGACCUCCAUUAUUAGCAAUAGCAAUAGCAAUAGCACUUACAUUUAUAUACCGCUUUAUAGCCAGAGCUCUCUAAGUGGUUUACAAUGAUUUAGCAUAUUGCCCCCAACAUUCUAGGUACUCAUUUUACCGACCUUGGAAGGAUGGAAGGCUGAGUCAACCUUGAGCCCCUGGUCAGGAUCGAUCUUGUAACCUUCUGGUUACAGGGCGGCAGUUUUACCACUGUGCCACCAGGGGCUCUUACCAGUUAAGUUCAUGUUGCACAACUGCUCUUGCGUAAUUUAGAACAACCCUGUUCCACUGCUGCCACAGAGGUGUUUUAGGCACACACAGCUGUGUAAAUGGUACUGAAUCACUUGCAUUUUACUGUGUGGUGUGUCAGUCUUGUAUAUGUGUGACUCUUAAAUGGGCGGCGGGGGAGGUCAGAACCACCACCGUUUAAUAUUGUGUGUCCCUUACAGGCAUCAUGGUUUGCCUAGCACCAAAGCCUUAUGUAUUUACAUAAUGCCUUCAGGUGAGGAAGAGACAGGCAAUUCUGUUGCCAUGGCACAAACUUCCAUAAACAAUUUCCAGCAAGGACAGAGUAUGGAAUCUUAUGUUCAGCCACACAGAGUGUUUUUAAACUUUUGUGUCAGAAUUAGUUUUUUGUUUUUUUAAAAAUGAGCAUUGGCUGAAUGAGUUCCAGGCUAUUUAUGUGCUCAAGUUCCAUGUGGAAAGUAAAUAAAAUACAAUGGGAAGUG